AUGUAUUUUCAGCAAGAGAUGAAGAAGGAUGGUCCUCCUCCAUCCCAAUAUAAUGUCAUAUAUCUGCUUUUUAUUUCAGAAAAUGAUCAAUGCCCCAUCUUUGUCUGGGGACUUUUAGCCUUCUUGAGUGUGUGUCUGAUUAUGUCCCUAAUCCUCAAUGUUUCCUACUGGCUGGAAAAGCGGCAACAAGAUAAAACCUAUGACUACACUGAUGACUACAUUCCAGGGGAUUUCUUUCAGAGAGGUGACGAGUAUUACACUGAAGAUGCGCCAAUUUAUGGUAACCUUGAUAAUGUGCUUUCUGGACCUACCGAUGAAAACUGCUAUGAACAAAUGAAAGCCCGGCCUGAGAGAGCUGUAAAUGAAAAGCAGGAAUGCUCCCCUAUGCAGGAAGAGGCUGAAACACGGAUGUGCUAUGCCUCACUGGAUCACAGUUUCAAGGGGAAAUGCAGAAAGCCAAAAGCUCACUUUUCACACGAGGAUGAAGAUGAGAAAUCACAUGCAGUGGAUACCAUGCUACCUAAAAGCGAUUCGAUCCCCAGUUUCAGAGAAGAAAGUGAUGUGUUGGAAGAAAACAUUCAUGAUGAUCCCAUUAGACUAUUUGGUUUGAUCUAUGCAAAGAAAGAGCAGAUGUGUGUGCAAGACUAUGACCCAGCUUAGUGAGAGGAUGAUUUUUGCAACAACAACAACAAAACAACAACCACAUCAUGUCAUGAUAUAACUUUAAAGCAAGGGAAUAACUUAGGAGAGUUGCAUGUUGAUCAGCUGUUUACUAGAAGUUCAAUUUACCUCUGGUUCAGUCACCAAUUUGCUACCCUAGCUGAUAUUAAUUAAAAAAGAUCUGUGUUAACACAUGACAUAAAUAUUACUUGUAGAAAUUAAAUCA